GAGACGCGCCCGGCGGCGGCUGCCCGGGGAGCCCCAUCGGCGGGGCGUCGUGUGGAUUGCCGCGAGGGGAGGUUCGCGAGCGGGAGACGCAGCCCGCUGCCUUCGGCCAUGGGGGGAUCGUUCGCCUGACGGGCUGAGGACGAGGAGUCGGGGAGGGGAGCAGCUCCCCAAAUCAAUCCCCUCCCCAGAACUUGUUUUUUUCGCCCUUAGGCUCGCUGCCUGCCGACAGCAAACUUCGGAUUUGCCUGUGUUCCCGGGUUUGUUGUGUUUUCUUUUCCGCGAGUCGAUCGCUUCAAAGGCAGCGAUCGAUCUCGCUGCUUCGCAGCCUUGAAGUGUGUUUUGAGAAGCCCGAAGCGCCGAGCAGUUCCUAGGAGCCUUUUCUCGCGUUUCCCGUAAAGGUUUGCUCCGCACACACACGCACACCCCUCCUCGCACCCUGUUGAGCUUUCACACCAUCCAGUCGGCUGCAUUGCCUUCUCCGGCGCUGGUGCUCCUGCUCCCCGGGAAAGGACACGAAUUGGUAGCAGAUCAGAAUUGCGAGACGGGAGGCGAGCAACGUGUCUGCAAAACUCUCUCUUCCCUCAGCCCCCUGCCCCGCCCUUUGGACGAUGGCGAGGAUGGUUCCGUGGCAAUUUCCCCUUUUUCCUUAAGACUUUGUGUGUGUGUCGGGGGGGGGGGGAGUUCAUCGGGGGUGCCUUUCCAUUGGAUUUAAUCACCCCCUCCUCAUCCUUGCCGCGCUCUGGGGGCUUCUCCAACAGGAUCGUUCAAGGGAAAGAGAGGCGCUUCCACCGCCCCAUCCGCAAACCUUUCUGUCCCUUCCGGGACCCGGCAGCAAGCGAAGGAAAACAAUUCAAACUGCAGAAGUUCUCCAUCCCGCGCCGGCUCGGUUGGUCGCCGGUAACCAUGGCAGGGAUUGGCAGCCGCGGGGAGAUACUGUGCUGGACAAUCUUCGCACUUCUGGGCUCCCCUGCAGCCAGAGGCCAAGAUGACGUUUCCCCAUAUUUCAAGACAGAGCCCGUCCGUACACAGGUCCACCUCGAGGGGAACCGCCUGGUCCUCACCUGCAUGGCCGAAGGCAGCUGGCCCCUGGAGUUCAAAUGGCUGCAUGACAACAGGGAGCUGACUAAAUUCUCGCUGGAAUACAGGUACAUGAUCACCUCCCUGGACCGUACCCAUGCUGGCUUCUACCGCUGCAUCGUGCGCAAUCGCAUGGGGGCCCUGCUGCAACGGCAGACCGAAGUGCAGGUGGCAUACAUGGGAAGCUUUGAAGAGAGCGAGAAGCAGCAGAGAGUCUCGCACGGUGAAGCGGCCGUCAUCCGCGCUCCCCGCAUCGCCAGCUUCCCUCGCCCACAGGUCACAUGGUUCCGCGAUGGGCGCAAAAUCCCUCCCAGCAGCCGCAUAGCCAUCACACUGGAGAACACCCUUGUGAUCCUGUCAACUGUGGCACCUGAUGCUGGAAGGUACUAUGUGCAGGCUGUGAAUGACAAGAAUGGAGACAAUAAAACCAGCCAACCCAUCACGCUCACUGUGGAGAAUGUCGGGGGCCCGGCUGAUCCCAUUGCACCAACCAUCAUUAUUCCCCCGCGCAACACCAGUGUGGUCUCUGGGACGUCAGAGGUGACCCUGGAGUGUGUGGCCAAUGCCAGGCCACUCAUCAAGCUGCACAUCAUCUGGAAAAAGGAUGGGAUUCCGGUGUCCACUGGCAUCAGUGACUACAACCGGCGCCUGACCAUCCUCAACCCCGCGCUGAGUGACAGCGGCUACUAUGAGUGCGAGGCUGUUCUGCGGAGCAGCAGCGUGCCCUCCGUGGUGCGGGGAGCCCACCUCUCUGUCCUGGAACCACCCCAGUUCACCAAAGAGCCAGAGAGGCACAUCACAGCUGAAAUGGAGAAGGUGGUACAGAUUCCAUGCCAGGCCAAAGGUGUGCCUCCACCCAGCAUGUACUGGUACAAGGAUGCGGUGCUACUUGGAGUGGACAAGCUGGCCCGUUUCCAGCUCCUCGCCAAUGGGAGCCUGCACAUCAGUGGACUGGUGCCAGAUGACACGGGCAUGUUCCAGUGUUUUGCCCGCAAUGCUGCUGGCGAGGUGCAGUCCUCCACGUACCUGGCCGUCACCAGCAUUGCCCCAAACAUAACCAAGGGGCCCCUGGAUAGCACCGUGAUUGACGGGAUGGCUGUGGUGCUCAGCUGUGAGACUUCAGGAGCUCCCAGGCCAGCCAUCACCUGGCAGAAAGGAGAACGGAUCCUGGCCAGUGGCUCAGUGCAACUUCCGCGUUUUACGCUGCUGGAGUCAGGAAGCCUCCUAAUCAGCCCUGCACGGAUCUCAGAUGCUGGCAGCUAUACUUGCCUAGCCACCAACUCCCGUGGAGUUGAUGAGGCCUCUGCUGAGCUUGUUGUCUGGGCCCGGACACGCAUCACCAAUCCACCUCAGGAUCAAAGUGUCAUCAAAGGCACCAAGGCUGCCAUGACUUGUGGAGUGACCCAUGACCCCAGUGUGGUAGUUCGGUACAUGUGGGAGAAGGAUGGAGGGCCACUGACUGUGGAGAAUGUGCCACGCCUGCGGCUUGACAACAUGGGCACUUUGCACAUCGCCCAAACCUGGUCAGGCGAUAUUGGCACCUACACCUGUCGCGUGGUGUCUGCUGGAGGCAACGACUCUCGAAGUGCUCACCUGCGAGUCCGGCAGCUCCCGCAUGCACCUGAAAACCCUACUGCCAUGCUGAGCACUGUAGAGAAACGUGCCAUCAACCUGACAUGGACCAAGCCUUUUGAUGGCAACAGCCCAUUGCUGCGUUACAUCCUUGAGGUCUCCGAGAACAAUGCUCCCUGGACAGUGCUCAUGGCCAGCGUGGACCCCGAGGUGACUUCAGUGCUGGUGAGGGGACUGGUUCCUGCCCGCUCCUACCAGUUCCGACUAUGCGCCGUCAAUGAUGUGGGCAAAGGCCAGUUCAGCAAGGACACCGAGAGGGUCUCCCUACCUGAGGAACCCCCGACAGCCCCCCCACAGAAUGUCAUUGCCAGUGGCCGCACCAACCAGUCCAUUAUGAUCCAGUGGCAACCACCACCUGAAAACCACCAGAACGGCAUCCUCAAGGGCUACAUCAUCAGGUUUUGCCUGGCUGGCCUGCCGGUCGGCUACCAGUUCAGGAACAUCACCAGUGCUGAAGUCAACAACCUGCUGCUGGAGGACCUGAUCAUUUGGACCAACUAUGAGAUUGAGGUGGCUGCAUACAACAGUGCCGGCCUGGGUGUCUACAGUGCCAAAGUCACUGAGUGGACUCUGCAGGGUGUCCCCACUGUCUCUCCGGGCAACGUGCAGGCUGAAGCCACCAACUCAACCACCAUCCGUUUCACCUGGAACCCUCCCAGCCCCCAGUUCGUGAACGGCAUCAACCAAGGCUACAAGCUGAUUGCCUGGGAGCCAGCCCAAGAAGAAGAGAUGACGGUGGUGACAGUGCGGCCCAACUUCCAGGACAAUGUCCACGUGGGUUACAUCUCCGGCCUCAAGAAGUUUGCCGAGUAUUUCACCUCCGUACUGUGUUUCACCACACCAGGCGACGGACCCCGCAGCCCACCCCAGCUGGUGCGCACCCAUGAGGAUGUUCCGGGUCUGGUGGGACACCUCAGCUUCAGUGAGAUCCUAGACACAUCUCUGAAGGUCAGCUGGCAAGAACCUCUGGAAAAGAAUGGCAUUCUGACAGGCUACCGUAUCUCCUGGGAGGAAUAUAACCGCACCAAUACGCGGGUGACACAUUACCUGCCCAAUGUCACACUGGAAUACCGUGUCACGGGCCUCACUGCCCUCACCACCUAUACCAUCGAAGUGGCAGCCAUGACCUCCAAAGGACAAGGACAGGUUUCCUCUUCCACCAUUUCCUCUGGGGUUCCUCCAGAACUCCCUGGGCCCCCUACUAACCUGGGUAUCUCCAACAUUGGUCCCCGCUCAGUCACUCUUCAGUUCCGUCCAGGUUAUGAUGGCAAGACAUCAAUUUCCAGGUGGCAGGUAGAAGCACAGGUUGGCCAGACUGGUGAGAGUGAGGAGUGGACCCUCAUCCAUCAGGUGUCUAAUGAGCCAGAUGCCCGCUCCAUGGAGGUUCCCAACCUCAAUCCCUACACACAUUACAGCUUCCGCAUGCGGCAAGUGAACAUCGUAGGCACCAGUCCACCCAGUCUUCCUUCCCGCAGGAUCCAGACCUUGCAGGCCCCGCCUGAUGUAUCUCCUGCCAAUAUUACACUGAGAACAGCCAGCGAAACCAGCCUCUGGCUGCGAUGGAUGCCCCUGCCAGAGACAGAGUACAAUGGCAGCCCUGAGUCUGUGGGUUACCGGUUGCGUUACUCACGCUUAGACGGUCGCAGCCGGACCUUGACCAACACCAUCCAUGACCGUGUGGAGCGUGAAUUCACCAUUGAAGACCUGGAGGAAUGGACGGAGUACCGUGUGCAGGUGCAGGCCUUCAAUGCCAUCGGGCCUGGCCCAUGGAGCCAGACGGUGGUGGGGCGAACCCGGGAGUCAGUGCCGUCAUCUGGGCCCACCAAUGUGUCAGCCCUGGCUACCACUUCCACCUCAAUGCUGGUGCGGUGGAAUGAGAUCCCUGAAGCCGACCGGAAUGGGCUUGUCCUGGGCUACAAGGUUAUGUACAAGGAAAAGGAUUCAGAUGUGAGGGCCCAGUUCUGGCUGGUGGAAGGCAAUGCUUCGCGAAGCGCUCAGCUCACAGGCUUGGGCAAGUAUGUCCUCUAUGAGAUCCGGGUGCUGGCUUUCACUCGCAUUGGUGACGGCGUGCCCAGCAAUCCGCCUAUCCUUGAACGCACCCUGGAUGAUGUUCCUGGACCCCCAGUGGGCAUUCUCUUCCCUGAAGUGAGAACCACUUCUGUUCGGCUAAUCUGGCAGCCACCUGCUGCUCCCAAUGGGAUCAUUCUAGCAUACCAGAUCACCCACCGUCUCAACACCUCGACUGCUAACUCUGCCAGCGUGGAAGUGCUCAACCCCAGCGCACGCCAGUUUACUGCUACCAGUCUUAGACCUGAGUCCACCUACCUCUUCCGUAUCACGGCACAGACCCGAAAGGGCUGGGGCGAGGCAGCAGAGGCGCUGGUGGUCACCACAGAGAAAAGAGACCAUCCCCAGCCCCCCAGCAAGCCAGUUGUGUUGCAGGAAGACGUCAAGGCAAGGAGUGUGUUGUUGUCCUGGGAGCCUGGCAGCGAUGGGCUCUCGCCAGUCCGGUAUUACACUGUGCAAACUCGGGAACUCCCGGAUGGGAAAUGGGUGCUGCAUUCAGCUUCUGUCAACCACAACACCACAUCCUUCAUAGUCAACAGGCUGAAGCCUUUCACCACCUACAAAUUCCGUCUCAAGGCCACCAAUGACAUCGGUGACAGCGAGUACAGUGAAGAGUCAGAGCCGCUCACCACACUGCAGGCUGCCCCAGAGGAAGCUCCUACCAUUGUGUCAGUGAUACCGCACACCACCACAUCCGUCUUAAUCCGCUGGAAGGCUCCACCUGAGGACAAAAUCAAUGGCAUCUUGCUUGGCUUCCGCAUCCGCUAUCGGGAGCUGACGUAUGAAGGGGUGCGGGGUUUUACGGCCCGCAGCAUAGGCAAUCCCAGCGCAAAAUGGACUGAGCUAACCUCAGCAUAUGCCACACGGAACCUGAGUGAAGCCUCCCUCACCCAGUACGAGCUGGACAAUCUGAACAAGCACCGCCGCUAUGAGAUCCGAAUGAGCGUCUACAAUGCUGUGGGGGAGGGGCCCACCAGUUCACCACAGGAGGUCUUUGUGGGUGAGGCUGUCCCCACAGCUGCACCCCAGAAUGUGGCCAUCCAGAGUGCAACGGCCACCCAGCUUGACAUCACUUGGAGCCCACCACCUCCUGAGGCACAGAAUGGAGACCUCCAAGGCUACAAGAUCUAUUUCUGGGAGGCCCAGCGGCAGAAUGAAACUGAACGGGUGAAAACACUCUUUCUACCAGAGAACGGCGUCAAACUCAAGAAUCUGACUGGCUACACUCCCUACCUUGUCAGUGUCCUGGCCUUCAAUGCUGCAGGCGAUGGGCCCCGCAGUGCCCCCAUCAAAGGCAGGACCCAGCAAGCAGCUCCCAGCUCCCCUGGUGCCAUCAAAUUCAGUGAACUGACCACCACCUCGGUGAAUGUGUCCUGGGAGCCACCGCUGUUUCCCAACGGGAUCCUGGAGGGCUACCGACUCAUCUACGAACCCUGCAUGCCUGUGGAUGGUGUCAGCAAGAUAGUAACAGUGGAUGUGAAGGGAAAUAGCCCCCUGUGGUUGAAAGUCAAGGACCUGGCAGAAGGCAUCACUUACCGGUUCCGAAUCCGAGCGAAGACCUUCACCUAUGGGCCAGAAGUAGAAGCCAACAUUACCACGGGGCCUGGGGAAGGUGCUCCUGGCCCCCCAGGCGAGCCCUUCAUCUCCAGGUAUGGCUCAGCCAUCACCAUCCACUGGUCAAGCGGCGACCCAGGCAAAGGGCCCAUCACACGAUACGUUAUCGAGGCGCGUCCUUCAGAUGAGGGACUCUGGGACAUUCUCAUAAAGGACAUCCCCAAGGAAGUGACCUCAUAUACCUUUAGCAUGGAUAUUUUGAAGCAAGGUGUCAGCUAUGACUUCCGGGUCAUUGCUGUCAAUGACUAUGGCUAUGGGACACCCAGUUCUCCUUCUCCAUCAGUCUCAGCUCAGAAAGCAAAUCCCUUCUAUGAGGAGUGGUGGUUCCUGGUGGUCAUUGCUUUGGUGGGACUCAUCUUCAUCCUCCUGCUGGUCUUUGUCCUUAUCAUCCGUGGGCAGAGCAAGAAGUAUGCCAAGAAGUCAGACUCAGGGAGCAACUCCAAAUCAAAUGCACUUGGCCAUGGUGAGAUGGUCAGCCUGGAUGAGAGCAGCUUCCCUGCUCUGGAGCUGAACAAUCGGCGCCUGUCAGUGAAAAAUUCCUUCUGCAGGAAGAAUGGAAUAUACACAAGGUCUCCACCGCGGCCCAGUCCUGGCUCCCUGCACUACUCUGAUGAAGAUGUUACCAAGUACAAUGACCUCAUACCAGCCGAGAGCAGCAGCCUUACAGAAAAGCCGUCUGAAAUCUCUGACUCACAGGGAAGUGAUAGUGAGUACGAAGUGGAUCAGAACCAGCAGAAAGCCCAUUCUUUUGUCAACCAUUACAUCAGUGACCCAACAUACUACAACUCCUGGAGGCGCCAGCAAAAAGGCAUCUCACGGGCUCAGGCCUACAGUUAUACAGAGAGUGACUCCGGUGACCCCGACCAUUGUCCAAUCUCCAACAGCAACAGCACCCAGCAGGGCAGCCUCUUCCGACCCAAACCCAGUAGGACUCCAACCCCACAAACACCCGUCAACCCUCCCAGCCAGCAGAGCACCCUUUACCGGCCCCCCAGUAGCCUUGCCCCUGGGUCCAGAGCCCCUAUUGCUGGAUUUUCUUCUUUUGUUUGACAUUUCUAAAGGAAAGAAGAAAAAGAGAAAAAAGGCUACGAAGAAAAAGUCAUGGAUUUAAUAAUAUACAAUAAUGAAGAACAUUUUGGUCCAGAAUUAUUAUUUUUCAGAGGCAAUGAGAAGAUCGUGUGGGAGACAAUCAGUCAGAGCUGAGUUUGGAAUCAUUGACUGCUGCUGCUUCUAGUAUUGCACAGUUCUCUUCAAAGGAAUUACCUGCCUGCAGAUGUACACCUGGAGCAAGACGGGAGACAUGUCUGUUUUCAGGCCUAGUGAAGGAGGAAGGCAGGCAGGCAGGCAGGCUACAGGGUAAAAGAAUGGGAGCCCGAAAACUAAGGCAAAGUUUUGUGUUGCAGGCCAUCUCCUUGCAGAUCAGUUUUCUAGACAGAGAGAGAAAUUGUGAAUGGAUCGACUCUAUGGGUUUUUGUUUUUUGUUUUCCAACCAAAGCUUUCCUCGGAGGGGAACGGGUUAGGGCUCAACAAGCUGUAAACAUGAGGCAGUUGGACUGCUGCAGACGGUGCUCAGUGCACUACCUGCUAGCGUGAUGUGUGAAAGAUCGGCCAAUAGGAACGUGUGCCAGGUGGCUGACAACUGGCCAAUGAGAGAGGAAGAUUCCCAAGCUGCACCUGCUGUGAUCUCAUGGUGGCGAUUUUGAGGAGCUGGAACAAGACAGACGGGAAACCUAGUUUGGAGGCUACCUGGAUUGGACUCUAAUGGCUUAGGCUGGGCAAACAACAACUACACUCAGACCAGUUUUGCCUCUAUUUUGCUCUUCCACUCGCAGCUGGAACAUUUGCAGAAGUUAACCAAGCUGAAUGGUGCUGACUAGAAACAGUGUGGUUUCUUUUUGUGCUUUUGGAAGUGAGGUUAGGAGGCGACCUUUGAGAAUCCUUGGGAGGAAAUAUUAAAAUUAAAAGGAAUCAAUAUAUUGUCAUUUGGUGAAAUACAUGGUCAGUAUCACUUCAGCAGGAAGUGCUGUUCCCAUGGCUUUGUGGGAAAACUGAGCGCCUGCAGCCAAACCAAGCCGCAAGGCAGACAGAAUCCACCCCACAUGGUUGGAUAGUCUCUCAGUGCCCUGAUUUCUUCUCAGUUCCUUUCCCCCCAUUCACUUCAUUGGACAGGGAGAGAGGAAGGGAAAGUGGGCAAGCCCCAGCCUGAUCCAAGUGCAAUUUGAGGGGGGGGGGUUCAGGGACAAGAUAUAAACUGACCAUAUACAUGCUGCACAGUCCCUUGGAACUGGUUUUAGAAUGGAAAACCUCAGUGGGCUCUGCUUAAGCCUCACUGCAGUCUUUUCUCUCCUCCUCCUGGAAUCAAAACUAAGCAUUCUUUUCAGUUCCAUAAAAAAGAAGAUCCCCCUUUUAUAUAGUGUUCCCUCAGUUAUUCACACCCCACAAACUUUCUAGAGUGGGGAGAUGGAGUGGGAACACAGUUGGUGGGGAGAUGCAUUGAACAUGGUAGCUCUCCCACUCCCACUUCUCAUUUUUUUUCUCUCUUGAGUUCAGUUUUAGGGUUUGGGGAAGUCAGUGGGAAGUUUUUUGUUAAUUUUGCCCUAGCAGAAUACACACAAACACAUACAUUGAGUGCCUACUGAACCCCAAGAUGUGGGGUGGCCAUCUUUUGUCUUUAAAAUAAACCCACGCAACCAUGGGUUAGAGCAAAGAACAAGCCCAGGAUCAGGGAGGAGAAAGGGGGGAAGUGGGGAGGAAUGUGAGCAUUCUACUCUGGCUGGGUUGCCUUCUUUCCUGGAAGUCCAUUGUAGCCCCCUCACCUCACCCCAUGCCUUUAUUUGCACAUUGUUUUCAAAGCCUGGUUUACAAAGAUUUGAGCCUGGCAUAUAGGGUCCUUUUAAUAAAGAAUCAAAAAGCCA